AUGUCGUCAAAGAUUUCAAUUCGUCUUUUCAUCUGCACCUUAUUAUUCGCUCUCCUUAUCAUCCAAGCUCUCGCAAUUCCCAUAAGCUUACCGAAACUUUCUCAAAAAGCUAACGCUAAUAAAGCUCUUCAACCAACUUCCGCUUCAAAUGCCAAAACACCAAAAUCUACCGCAGCAGCCGUCAAAAAAGUUAAAAAAGCUAAAAAGCCCACAAAAACAAGCGUUGCAGGACCACAAAAGUCUUCGACAACAGAUGGUCAAAGUUUAGUCCAAAAAGUUACGAAAGCUGCGGGAUCAGCGGGACAAGGAUCUGCUACAUUUUAUAAUACAGGAUUAGGUGCAUGCGGUAUUACAAGUAAUGACCAACAAUUGGUAGCCGCAUUACCAGCUGCAGAAUAUGAUAAAUUGAUCCCAGGCGGUAAUCCAAACGCAUGUACUGCUUGUGGUAAAACGUGUACAGUAAGUUAUCAAGGCAAAACUGUUGAUGUGAAAAUUGUUGAUAGGUGUCCUUCAUGUGGUAGUGGUGACAUUGAUUUGAGUCCAGCAGCUUUUAGUUGCCUUGCAGACCAAGCUUUAGGACGUAUACAA